GUGAUCGACUGUUUGGUAAACAACAUGUCGGACGCAGGUGUGAGGAAGAUCUGGGUGGAAUUAAAACGACUUGAUCUUGAGGACUCCCCAGAAUACCAUGUGACCCAAAGUAUACAAAUCCGAGAAGAUUACGGAUCAGACGAGAUUCGAUCCAUCAUCAAGGACACCUUCCAGCUACACGAUGAAGACAUGGUGUUGAAGUUGAGGAACCAUCGAGGGUCUCUAAUGCCUAUCAGCUGUAACAUAGCCAGCAACUCAAAGUCUGUGCCCUAUUCAUUAGAGGUUGUACAGAAAUAUCAAAAUGUCAAGCCAAAAGCCAGAAGUGUAAAACGGGACCGUUACCAUGAAACAAUGAAGAAGAAGAUCGUUGAGCUACUUGAUAGGAUAGAGAAGUUGGAAAAUGCCUCACCUGAACUGAAACAGCGACAGAACAAGAUUAUCACAAUGGAAAUGGAAGAGCUUGAGAAAAAACUUGGAUUCCUGACGAAACGUUUCCAUGAGGCAGACAGCACCACAUGGAAAGGCAUGUUUAAGAAGAAUCCUCUCUGGUGAUCCAGAGCGAAAAGAAAACAUGGUAGCAACAUAUUAUUCUUCAUAAUCAUGAUCAGUUAAACGUUUUAUAAGAUAUAGAGGUAUAUAAGCUGUGAUAGAGCUUGAAGGUGAAGCUGAUGAUACAAGACUUGGUUGUGACAGCAUUAGGGUUAUAACAGUAGCAUAUAAAACUAGGGAACAAAACACAAAUGAUCAUUUUCACUGGUCCCUCAUAGGUACUACUAGAUUGGACAGAAGGUUUUCACUCAAUUUGUCUUUAUUCCAUCAUCUUUCUGUCUUUCUUAUUCCUUCCAUCUCCAGAUUUUGUCCAGAGCACAUUUUCCAUACUAUAUAUGUCACCUGAAAUUACCAAAUUUGGCAUACAAGUACAGCUUGUAAUUGUCUGAUCAUACAAGUACAGCUUGUAAUUGUUUGGUCAUACAAGUACAGCUUGUAAUUGUCUGGUCAUACAAGUACAGCUUGUAAUUGUCUGGUCAUACAAGAUUGGAUACAAGCAGUAAUAUUGUCCUCAAGUUCAUAUAUAUAUAUAUAUGUGUUGCCCUUGAAUAAACCAGUGAGGAACUAUGGAAUGCUUUGCAAUAUUUGCCUUGUUUUUAAGACCCGAAUCAGUGUUCAAAUUUGGAUGUCAAGAAACAAUGGCAUUGAAAUUGCAGUACCUCAGACCACAAAUGGAUAUUGAUUGAGUUAUUGUUCUCUUUUAUCUUAAGUAGUCCUAUGUAGGUCACUUACUGACAAUAUAUCACCAGAUCCUCAGAAAACAGUCAAUGAUAUAAUAGACAAGAGAGUAGGAGUUUCAUAGAGCCUUCAUUCAUUGUCAAAGUAUAUAGGUUUUCAUGUAAAUGAUGUCUCUUUGAUAUCUAUUUUAGAAAGUUUUUGUUUUCUCAUCAAAAGAUGGUUGUGCCCCACCCCAAAUCUGUUUAAAUCCUGCAUCUGGGUUGAAGUUAAGGGGAGGAAGAACAAGGAGGAGGAACUGUAAUAUGGUUAUAACCAAAUACAUGUAGCAAAAUUACUCUGAUGGAGCAAAGUAUAUCAACAUCUUCAAAAAUUACUCUGAUAAUACAAAUUAUAUUGACAUCAUCACAAUUUUCUAUACUUCUGAGCCCUAGUUGAUUUGUAGUCCAAAUAUAACGGAAUGAUAGUAGAAAAAUAUUACAUAAAACGUUGUUUCAUGGCUAUUAACACUCUCAUAUGCCUCAGUCAGAGGGCCUAUUGAGUAAGCAGCCUCAGGCUGUAACUCUUACUGAACAUAAUAACAGGAAUUUGGUUGUCAUGACAAUGUAAUCUAUAUCCUAGGUAUAUCUUUCAUGUGCUGGAGUAUAGGUAUGACUGGUAUUGUGUUCUUUCUAGUCAGCUUAACGAAUGGAAAACAAAAGAUAUUGCUUUAAUUAUUUUCACAAAAAUUUGAAGUUUAUAAGAAAUUUAUCUGAAGUAGUUGUGUGUUAAAUUAACAAUACGCAAAUCUGGAGACAAGAAAAUAAAUGAUAACAAUGUAGUUCAUAAGUAAAAAGGAGCUUUAAAACAUAAAGUAUUGGUAGGAUAGCUGACAAAGCUUUAUACUAGACAGGUUGUAUAGAACAUUAUGCAACAGUCAGAUCUCCCAAGGUGGAAACUACAAGCUCUGAAUCAGUUCCAAAUGCUCCCCGAUCGUGUGACAUCAUCACUGUUGUACAGUUGGCUCUACUAGGCCGACAACCCUUUAGUGCGACCUUGUGUGACCUUGAGCAGAUUUCUACGAGCUGUUGUAGAUUGUAACAGGUAUAGAACCUUGUGAGUCACUAUAAGAUAUAUACCUUGUCAGUGAAAUGACUUUAUUGAUAUUUCCUUUUUAUCAUUACACAACUGUGUACCUUAUACCUUGUACUUUCGUAUCAGUAUAGCAGCUGUUCUAUUGAGACUUUACACAAACUGUUCAUUUCCACUGAUAACCUAGUACUCUAGUCAGACUUUCUUAAGAUUGUGUAUAUUUACACUCUGCCUUUCUCGUGGUGCGUAUACAUGUUUUGUUACAAGUGUUUAGUGUCCCUGUCCUUCAGUGUAGUAUGGAUUGAUUUAUACAACAGUAGGAUUUCAGUUGAGCAUUUCUAACAAAACCUUAGAAUGUGAUUUAUAAGCCUAUGGCUGUCUUUAAUGUAGAAUUUUAAUAUAUAGUAUGUAUAAUACAAAAAUAUAAUUUGGUUUUCUUUACUAGCCAAAUAUAUUAUCUGUGCUUGGGAGAUGAUAUGUUUAAUCAUAAAGAUUGGAUGCUAAAACAAAACUAUUUCAUACAUUAUUUUUUCAGUACAUUGUAUGUACUUGUCUGUGCAAAAUAAUCGUAGGAGAUUUAUUGAAAAAUAAUUGACAGAAACAAAGUAAAAAAGAUGCCUGGUAGUACAAUGAAAGUGAUAUAACUGUACACUAAGGCUCACAUUAAUGUAGAUAACUGUACACUAAGUCUUACAUUAAUGUAGAUAACUGUACACUAAGGCUCACAUUAAUGUAGAUAACUGUACACUAAUGCUCACAUUAAUGUGGAUAACUGUACACUAAGGCUCACAUUAAUGUAGAUAAAUGUACACUAAGGCUCACAUUAAUGUAGAUAACUGUACACUAAUGCUCACAUUAAUGUAGAUAACUGUACACUAAGGCACACAUUAAUGUAGAUAACUGUACACUAAGGCUCACAUUAAUGUAGAUAAAUGUACACUAAGGCUCACAUUAAUGUAGAUAACUGUACACUAAUGCUCACAUUAAUGUAGAUAACUGUACACUAAGGCUUACAUUAAUGUAGAUAACCGUACACUAAGGCUUAUAUUAAAGUAGAUAACUGUACACUAAGGCUUACAUUAAUGUAGAUAACCGUACACUAAGGCUUAUAUUAAAGUAGAUAACUGUACACUAAGGCUUACAUUAAUGUAGAUAACUGUGCACUAAGGCUUACAUUAAUGUAGAUAACUGUACACUAAUGCUCACAUUAAUGUAGAUAACUGUACACUAAGGCUUACAUUAAUUUAGAUAACUGUACACGAAGGUUUACAUUAAUGUGGAUAACUGUACACUAAGGCUCACAUUAAUGUAGAUAACUGUACACUAAGGCUUACAUUAAUGUAGAUAACUGUACA